CGCAGGUGCAGCAUUCAUGUGUGCGUGUAUAUGCGUGGGCUUUAAAAACGAGGUGUUCUUCAAAUCGUUCUCAUAUCCUUGUAUUCGCAAAUUUCUCUCGGCCGCCGAGCUUGCGCCGCUCCGGAUAAAGAGCGGCGGUGGGGAUCGCGUGCAGCCACCGACAUCGGAAAGAUGAGAGUCACCGGUGAUGUGCUUGUGCGGAGGCUUCGCGGAGGACAACGCCAGGUUCAUCCUCCUCGCCGUCGUCCUGGUAGCGUACAUGCUCGCAGGCGCGGUCCUUUUCCAAAGACUGGAAAGUGAUCUCGAAGUACGGCAGGCCGCGGAGUUUUGGCGGGUUUAUCACGCGUUUCGAAGACAUCACCUACGAGGCAGCCCCUUAGCCCUGCAGAGAUUGCACGAGCUCCUGUACGCUUACGGCAACGCAUCCGCCACCGGUAUUAUCAACAAGAGACGCCGCUGGGAUUUUCCCGGUAGCUUUCACUUUGUGGGCACCAUCGUUUCUACGAUCGGAUACGGAAGCACUGCGCCGCAAACAACGGCGGGUAAAGCGGCCGUGAUUCUCUAUGGUUUCUUUGGUUGUUCUGGUGGCAUUCUGUUCUUCAAUCUAUUCCUGGAGAGAAUUAUCACCUUUUUGGCUUGGAUUCUACGCAACUGGCACGUGCAGCGUCUGAAGAGACGUCUUCGCCGAAUAACGUUAACCUCCCGACGUGUUUCCAAGUCAUCGAGCGCUCAGAAGUCAUCUUUGCCGGACAUCCUUGACGACGACGACGACAAUAAUGUGGACCUAGACCAUUGGAAACCGAGCGUGUACUGGGUCAUGCUCUACUUGUCCGUGACUUCCUGCAUCAUCGCCUGUUGCGCGGCUGCACUUUACGCAUCGCUGGAAAAUUGGGAUUACUUCGACGCGCUGUACUUCGCUUUCGUUAGCUUCACCACCAUUGGUUUCGGUGAUUACGUCAGCACGCAAAAGCCAAAUUAUCUCCACGUACAUUGGUAUAGGAUCGCGAAUUUCGUCUUUCUGGUGGUGGGAUGCUGCUGCAUAUAUUCGUUGCUGAACGUUACAUCGAUCGUGAUAAAGCAGGGUCUGAAUUACGUGAUACACAAGCUACAGUACGGUAAUCGGGAUAUAGCGGCACCGUAUCUGCCGAGAAGGCGAUCCUCGGUGCCGACAAUAUACUGUUCGAAGAGGCGGGCAACCAGAUUCGUCGGCAGGGACUCUAUCAGGGCUGAGGAGAACUCGGAAACGCCUCGCAGGAUGUCUGGCGAGCUAAUUUCCAUGAAGGAUUUUUUGUCCGCCAAUAAGGUUUCGCUGGCGGUGAUGCAGAAACAGCUAUAUGACGCCGCACAGAUGCAGAAGGGCGGCGGAUCACUCGUAGCCACGCCGAAUCAUCAAGUUCUGAAGCCGGGGGCGGUAGGUCCGCUUGCAAUCGCCAGCGAAAAAUUUGAAAGUAAAAGCACUAUAAACAGAUAGGCAUUAAAGACAGGUAAGGAAGCUACGCGAGACAGAAGUAUUGAGAAUAUACCGCAGCGUGUAUAUCGAGUAUAUCUUUCACGAUAUCGUUCAUCUCGCAAGUAUACUCGCUAAAUUUCAAAAGCAUUUAAGCAUACGAUAAUGUAUCGAUUAUGACGAAAUAUAGUGAAAUUUAACAUUAUUAGCGUCAUGUGACACAAUGAUCUCUCAUGAGAGACUGGUUUACAACGCGAUGAGUUUCCAUAAAAUAUUCUAUGUCCACCUAAAUAAAAAUCAAGUCCGUUUUACACUAUUAUAUAAAAUAGAAAUUACAGAGCAGUGCAUGGUGGACGGCUUCCUAGAUCGAUGGUAGCGAAAAAAGUGUUAACGAUGUCAACUAAAUCGUGGUAUUAUCGAUACCUCGUCAAGAUCCAUAUUAAUAGUCGUUGCUUGAGAUUUAUCUCAUGCGAAGUACUUAACUCUGAAAUUAGAAUUAAAUCUGAGUUUUAAAACUAUUAAUAUGGACCUAAAAGAGAUUUCUCUAGAAAAUCUAUCAAUGUGUCUCCAUGACUUGUUAACGUAGAUUGAUCUUUAUAUUUCUUCGUAUCUCUCGUUUGACGUUAUUUGCAGCUCGUAUAGAUAUGUUGAACGUAUGUGUGUGUAUGUAAUAAUAAAUUAUAUCCGCUCGUCGAAUAACUUUAUUUAAGUCAUGUUUACAGUACAGUCCUCCAUGUACUCAACGAUAUCGACAAACAUGCAAUCUUUUGUCUUCGUAUUUUGCGAUAAAUUGUAUGUCGUGUAUAUACCGCGUGUAAAAUAAAUUCAACGACGUUUCGUCACAAUAAAUCUCUUCGAAUGUGAAAAUUGACCGCGCGGUUGUUUACGACAUACACCAACCGGAUGGGCUUUUUUUAUCGGAAAGGACACAAUAAUUCGAGCUCAGACGUUGCGGAACACACAAUCUUGGACAUCGCGGAAACUCGCUUCCUUGGUGUACGUGUGCUUGUUGUACGUGUGAGUGACGCGUAGCCGGGUAUACAGCUUAAAACUUACACGUACAUUACACCUGUAUCGUAAAGUUGCCGAGGACGAGGGUCCUCUUGUCUACGUAACUACAGUACCGUGCGUCGAUUUAAACCGAACAUCUCGAGUCGACGAUUUCAAACGGGCUCUCCUCGGUUGCGUGGAACUAGAUUUAUAAUGUGGAUGAAACCAGCGAUUAUACGGAACGAUUACGUGAAAACGGUACGUUUGAGAUCUAAAGACGCGAGUACUUAUAUAUUAUUCUAAAAUGAGAAACGGUAGACGCAAGCGUUUACGACGAAAUCUUGAAAUUACGAGAGAAAGAGAGAGAGAGAGCAAAAGUGAAAUGGACGAUUACCUGCAGAAACUGCAAGCUUUCACGUAAUCUACAGACAAUCGCUUUGUUGAAUGAAGCCAAAUGCGUUGCGAACAAUGAUCUUUUAACGUUUUAACUCGUCGAACAGUGCGACGUGAGUCGCUAUCCAACACAAUCAUCGUCUUACGGAAGAAGUCACGCCGAUCUAAGACGCGGCGAAUUCGCUGCCGCUGCCAAAUUUAAGCUGGAUUUAAACAUCGCUCUCAAACUUGAAGCUUAAAUUUGGUCCAUCUACUUCACACUCGAAUGACAUCGGAUUUAAGCUUGGUAAUAGAUUUUAAAAGUAACUACCAGGCCCUAGCGUAAAGGACGUGUCGAUAGUACCAGGACUCGUUCUACCUUUUUUUCUUUUUCGUUUAUGCUCGGUACUUUUAACCCUUUGAGUGCUCUGGACGCAUAUAUGCGCUCAAGGUAAUACGUUCGCUAUGACCUGUGGAUGCAUACAUGCACUCAGAGUUCGCUAAGAACUACCGGUGUUUGCUCCAAUCUGCACGUUCACUCUUUUAGCUUGGCUUUUAGCAACAGUUUCAGUUGUAGGUUUUAUUACCUUAAGUUUAGAACAUUAA